AACCACACAACAACAACUUAUUAGCAGCAUAAAGGCCUAAAAAACUUUCUCUCCGGUUUGGCCGACUAGUUUGGCAUUGAGAUUGAACAGCUUUAACGCUACAAUAUUGUGACAAUAUGCUUGUUUUGUUUCCCUAAAGAGUACUGUAGAUGUUUUCUACUUGAGCAUUUCGUCGAGAGUAAAUUCGUGAAACAAAAAACGCAUUUCAUAUUUUCUUCUCAGUGCGACAUGAAAAGAUUCGUGAGCAACACCGACGCGUGUUGUAACAGCCAAGGAUGAUUAAAAAACCCUCAUAUUUGUUGAGGGAUUGAACAGCCGAGCUGUUUAUGGGGUCACUGCACUAAAACGGAUUUGAAAGAGUGGAGACCGUCGCUUCUCAGAGAAUUUUCGGGGUCGGAUUUCAGCAGUCCGUAGCGCUGCAUAGUGCGGAGACUGAGGCAGUCUUUGUUCAGACAGUCUGAAGUGAGAGACUGGAGAGUCAGUCAGGAGGAGAGAAGUGAGAGAGGAGAGAGAAGAGUGGGUGACAACACUCUGGGAGUGUUGAUAUCCACGUUUUUGCACUAAUCUUAUGCUCAUACUUCUGAACAAAAUGAAACUUCGCCUCCUGUCGUGGCUCGUUGGUGCGCAUCUCGCCUUGUGUCUCUCAUCUGCGCUUCAUGUGAUGGAAGAGCGAGGGUCCAAGGGUCAUCUAGUGCUCACUGAGCUUAUUGGCGUUCCUCUUCCUCCAUCUGUGUCCUUCAUCACUGGCUACGAGGGUUUCCCUGCAUACAAUUUUGGGUCUAAUGCUAAUGUAGGUCGACUGACCCAGUCCUUUGUACCUGAGCCCUUCUUCACGGACUUUGCCAUUAUUGUUACCCUCAAGCCCUCCAGCUCUCGAGGAGGGGUCCUGUUCGCCAUCACAGAUCCCUCCCAGAAGAUUGUGCACCUGGGCUUGGCCCUGACACCUGUGGAGGACAAGACCCAGAGGAUUGUACUCUAUUACAGCGAGCCAGGGUUUGCUGACACCAUGGAGGUGGCUUCCUUUAAAGUGCCUGACAUGACACAGCAGUGGAACCGCUUCACACUGACGGUCGAGAAUGAGGAAGUUCGGCUCUAUAUGGACUGUGAGCAGUACCACAGCACACCCCUGAAGAGAAGCAAGCAGCCCCUCAGCUUUAAGCCAGGCUCUGGUAUCUUUGUGGCAAAUGCAGGCAGUACUGGCCUGGAGAGAUUUGUGGGGUCUAUCCAGCAGCUGGUGAUAAAACCGGACCCCAGGGCAGCAGAAGAGCAAUGUGAGGAGGAUGACCCCAGCGGGGACAGAAGUGGUGAUGGUGAAGAUGAUGAAGAAGAGCAUGGGAGACAUAGCGAAAUCUUCGUAACGGCACAUGAGAGAGAAGAUAAAGAAAAGACACAUAGACCCACCUUUCCUGUGCAAGCCCCGCCCACUGUGUCACCUGAGGUGGAAGAGGAGAGUUACAAAACACAUCAAACGGAGGAGAUUACAGCAGAUCGUUCAGGUCAGGGACAAAAAGGGGAACGUGGAGUACCUGGACCUGCAGGCCCCCCGGGACCCCCUGGACCUCCUGGACCAUCUCUCCCACCCAGAGAUUCAGGUCAGCCUGGAAAGAGAGGCCCACAAGGUCCAAUGGGUCCACCAGGAGGACCAGGGAAAGAUGGGCAACCUGGAAGCAAAGGUGAAGAAGGAAAACCAGGACAGAGAGGACUGCCAGGACUUCCGGGAUUACCUGGAGAAUCUGGGGUUAAAGGAGAAAAGGGUGAUCCUGGGAUGGGUGAACCUGGAUUGCCUGGUCCACCAGGGCCUCCCGGCCUACCAGGGCCAUCCAAACCAAUUAAAGUUCCUUAUGGAUUUGAUGCUCUCGGCUCUGGAUUUGGAGAUGUUGACAUUGAUACAGAACGUCUUAGAGGUCCACCUGGUCCUCCAGGCCCUCCUGGGAAACCUGGUCCACCUGGUCCUAAUGGCUCCUUUGGGGGUUUGCUCCCUGGACCUCCGGGUGCCCCUGGAAAGGAUGGGAGAGAUGGGCAACCUGGAAUUCCUGGUAUUCCUGGUCAGGAAGGCUUAAGUGGACAACAGGGUCCAAAAGGAGCAAAGGGUGAACAAGGAAUAAGAGGGCCCCCUGGACCUAAGGGUGAAAAUGGUGACCUUGGCCUGAGAGGUCCACCUGGCCCUAUUGGACCUAUGGGGCCGAGGGGUGUACCUGGACCACCUGGCCCUCCUGGCCCACCAGGGCUCUCAAGCAAUAACUUCAAGGAUUUGGAUGGUUCUGGUGAAAGUGAAAUGUUUCUCGGAGCCGGAAUUUCAAAAGGCUAUCAAGGGCCUCCUGGUCUUCCUGGCCCACCAGGACCUCAGGGACUUCCUGGAGCUGACGGAGCCCCCGGUUUGUCUGUAAAGGGUGAACCAGGAUCACCAGGACCUGAUGGAAAACCUGGAUUAGCUGGUUUACCAGGAGUCAGGGGGCCAAAGGGAGACAAGGGCAGUCCAGGAAAGAAGGGUGAGCAAGGUCAAGAUGGACUGAGCAUCACAGGGCCUCCCGGCCCCCCUGGCCCUCCUGGACCAAUUGUUAACUUUCAGGAUCUCCUUUUUAAUGAUACAGCAGCCAAAUUAAACCUCACUAAGAUCCGAGGACCGCCAGGCCCUAUGGGCCCUGAAGGCUUGCCUGGCAGAGCAGGAUUUCCUGGCCCAAGGGGACCAAAAGGUGAAAUUGGGUUUCCUGGUAUUCAAGGACCUACAGGACUGAAGGGAGAAAAAGGGGAGCCAGGCAAUUCCAUAGCCGCUGAUGGCUCGCUAAUAACAGGCCUGAGAGGAUCCAGAGGACCAAAAGGAAUGAAGGGAGACAUCGGUCCCACUGGACAACCUGGGAUUAUGGGGCCGAUUGGACCACCAGGACAAAAAGGAGGCUAUGGAAUGCCUGGUCGACCAGGUCGGCCUGGAGCAGUUGGAAGGAAAGGGGACAAGGGAGAUGCUAGUGGGCUCCCUGGUCCCCCUGGUCCACCUGGACCUCCAGGGCCACCAGGACGAGUGAUUGGCCUCAAUGGAACAGUUUUCCCAGUUCCUCCUAGACCACACUGCAAAAUACCAGUCAACAACAACAAUUCACAACAAGGCAAUGGAAGAGUGUCAUUUGGAGUCAAAGGGGAGAAGGGUGAUGUGGGAAAUCCUGGGUUGCCAGGAACUCCAGUGCCUAUGUUUCCCCAAGAUUAUGUGGGUGUUAAAGGUGAUAAUGGCUACAGAGGGCAAAAAGGAGAGAAAGGGGAUCCAGGUUUGCCUGGCACUCCAGGGCUCCCUGGGAGAGCAGGCCUUGUGGGACCUAAAGGGGACUCUAUUGUUGGCCCUCCUGGGGACACUGGUGCCCCAGGUCUGCCAGGACUGCCUGGGUAUGGAAAUCCAGGACCACAGGGGCCACCAGGACCACCUGGGCCACCAGGUACCCCGUCGGCAUAUGGCUCAGCUGCGAGUCUUCCUGGACCUCCAGGUCCUCCCGGGCCACCUGGUGCUCCAGGCCAUGGAAACCCUGUGAGCACAUAUAGAAACAGUCAGACCUUGAUGAGAGAGACCAGUCGAGCUGCAGAAGGGACACUGGGAUAUGUUAACGACAAGGGUGAACUGUACAUCAGGGUACGAGGGGGCUGGAAGAAAGUUGAGUUAGGAGAGCUCAUCCCAGUUCCCCAAGAGAGUUCCUCAUCUGAAUUGUCACAAGGCCUGAGCAGACCCAGCGACCGCAGUGUACCCAGAGUUCACAGCCAGGAGUUAAAGAGCGUCCUGCCAGGCUUCAAUGUUCUUCCACACACUGCACACUCGAUGCCUGCGUUGCACCUGGUGGCACUCAAUACCCCAUUCUCAGGGGACAUGCGUGGAAUCCGAGGAGCAGAUUAUCAGUGUUACCAGCAAGCCCGUUCCAGGGGCCUGACAUCAACUUACAGAGCUUUCCUCUCCUCUCACCUACAAGACCUAUCCACCAUCGUCAAGAAAGGGGACCGCUUCAACUUGCCAGUGGUGAACCUCAAAGGAGAAGUGCUCUUCAGCAGCUGGAUGGCUAUGUUCUCCGGCAAUGGGGCUGUUUUUGAUCCGCUCACUCCGAUUUACUCCUUUGAUGGAAGAAAUGUCAUGACAGAUCAGGCUUGGCCUCAGAAACUGGUGUGGCACGGCUCGAGUACAGUGGGCAUCCGAAUAACAACUAACUACUGUGAGGCAUGGCGGACGGGUGACGUGGCGGUGACCGGACAGGCAUCUCUUCUGCAGACCGGCAGAUUGCUCGGGCAGCACACACGUAGCUGCUCAAACCACUUCAUUGUGCUUUGCAUUGAGAACAGCUACAUCCAGGACCCUGGAAGGAACUAGAAAGCUGACCAUUUUAAAGUAAAGUAAUGCAGAUGUAGGGAGCAGCAGUAGCUGGACUGCUAGGGGAAAUAUCCAAUCUACUCUUUUUUUUAUUUUUAGGGAUAGAGUUCCUGUGAGAAGCAACAAGCCAGGGAAAAUGGCACUGCAAUCAUGUUUCAGUUCUUCUCUGAGCAUGGUGUAAAUAUGUAUAAAUCACCCACUGAUAUUGUUCAGUCAAUGCCCCACCGUCUUUUAUUCAACUAUUAGAAUACCAAAGAAUACCUCAGCCAGACAUCAAGCAAGUGUAGAUCCAUAGUAUGAAUUCACUGCAUUAUUGUGUGUCUUCUCAGAUGGUCUCAGUCCCUCCUUAAAAUGACUAAUACAGAGUUUUGUGUGUGUAUAAUAUUAACUACGAAAUUAAAACCACAAACAUCGAUAGACACAAGAUGCUUUCUUUUAAUCAGAAUAAAUACCAAUAUUUAGAUAUCAGUAUUUGGAUAUAUUCAAACAACAGUUUUGGAAAUUGUUUAAAUGCACUAUAUUAAUAAUUUCUUGUGUUUUUUUUUUGGUUAGAGUUUUUCAUACCCAUGAAGCUACUUUCUGUGAACUUGCAUUUAAACUAGUAUUUAAAAGAGGAAAGAUGUCUAAUUUAUCAUGUAAAAGCACAUAAAACUAAAACCCAGUGCCAAGUACAUACUUACAUAGGCAUUAAUUUCAAAAGUUGACAGUGGCCACAACCACAUUAUAACUCUUCACUGUGUUUAAUCUUUCUAUAUGACAUAUUUAGAAAGACAAACUAGAAAAUAAGAUACAUUGUUUAUCGUCUAGAAGUCGGGUAUGAUUAUGAUACAAUGAUAGAGAGACACCUCCCCCUUUCUUUUUUCAUAUUUGAAUGGUGCUCAGUGAAUAAAUGUUUUGUUUUA